CUUGUUUCCCUGGAUGGAUGCUGGUCUGGUGGUCUGACUUCCGAGGGGCUGGGAACGAAGGUCAGUCAGUCCUGCCCGCGAUGCUGCUGCUCUGUGCCUUGCUCCUGUCCGGGCUGCAGCUGGGGAUGAGCAAAUUCACCUACAACCUGAAAUGCUACGAGUGUUCGACCAUCAACACCUUCCAGUGUUCGAACGUUAAGACCUGCGAGUACGAGAUCAGGCGCUGUAUGACCGUCUCCAUCCGCCUGAACUCCCGGGAAGUGCUCGUGUACAAGAACUGCACGAACAACUGCACGUUCGUCUAUGCGUCCGAGAUGCCGCCCCCAGCACCCAAGGUCCUGAGGACCAACAGCUUCUACUGGGUGAGGUGCUGCGGCGUCAUGAGCUGCAACGUGGGGGGGCCCACCAACAUGGAGCGCGACAUCCUUCCCGACCAGACCAUCGAGGAGGAGCUAGAAGGGGCCGUGCGCCUGGGGGGCUGGGGGCUCUGGGGGGCCCUCCUGAGCUGCGCCUCCAUCCUCGUGAGCAGCGCCCUGACGUGAGAAGACCUUGCCUCGGUGACCGGGUCCCCCCCUACCCCCCACCCCCAUUCCUCAGAGCAAGUUCACUCCCCUUUGCUGUCUUGUGAGCCA